AUGGGAGACAGAAGAAGGCUACAAUGUGACAUCGAUAGGACACUGAAAAGAGUUCAAGAAGGUCGAGCUGCUUUCCAGGAAAUACUCGAUAAGUUUGAAGCAUCCAGUAAUCAAACGCAAAAAGAAAAGUAUGAAAAUGACCUCAAAAAGGAAAUUAAGCGUCUUCAAAGGUUUCGGGAUCAGAUUAAGACAUGGAUUACUUCUAACGAAAUUAAAGACAAGCGUCAGCUUGAAGAAGCCCGUCGACUAAUAGAACAAGAUAUGGAGCGUUUUAAAGUUAUUGAAAAAGAGACAAAGACGAAAGCCUAUUCUAAAGAAGGCCUUCUUUCCGCUGAUAUUAAAAAGGAUCCACUGCAAAAGGAGAAAGAGGAAUUGGACGAUUGGCUCAAGCAGUCUAUUUCCACUUUAAACCAGAAAGCUGAAGCUUAUGAAUAUGAACUGGAAACCCUUUCUUCUACUGGUAGAAAAAAGCGUGCAGAUCGAGAGAAACACGCUCAAGUGGAAGAAAAAAAGCUUAAACUUCAAAUAACUCUCUUUCACACUGAACGACUUGAAACUGUACUACGACUUCUUGACAAUGAGUGUUUGGAAACCACGAAAGUUCGAGAACUGAGGGAGGCCAUUGAUUUCGCUAUUGAGUCCAUUGAUGAAGCAAAUCCUGGUGACGACUAUAAAUCCCUCUAUGACGAGCUACAUUUAGAUGAUCUUGGUGACAAAGGCAUUUUGACUCCGAGUGCUAUUUCUACUCCUGCUCUUAUUGAUAUUGAUACCACUCCCACUCCUGUUGCCUCAACCAAGCCAAGUACUCUUGACAAUCUAGAAUCUACCACUAGUCCUUCAAUUAUUCAGCCUAUUCCUCCUCAUUCCUCCGCGUCGUCAAAUGCGUCUUCAUCUCGUGAGAGGUCGGCUACUAUUGUCCAAGAGGAGAAAACUAUCGUUCCACCACCUACUGCAUUAUCCGCCAGCACUCCGAUUAAAGAAAAGAAGGAGAAGACAAAAGCUUCUCUUUCUGCUCUAAAUCAAACAGCACCUCCUUCUGUCAAUCUAACUACCACUGUGAAUAAGAAAUCCUUUGCGGGAGCUGCAGCGAAACAGCAGCAGCAAGAAACUCUCAAACUUGAACCUACUGUGCAGCAGCAGUCUGAGCAACAAACGACUGCUCAUCGAGAGAACUACGCAAAAGUGGCUGGAGAAUCCAAAAAGGAGAAGGGAAAGAGGGAAUCGCAGCAGCAACAGAACCAGCAGGCUACCGAACAUGAUGCCAAGCAUGAGGCAAAAUCGACUAAAAGUGAAAAGAAAAAAACUGAAGAUCUCAAAGUUUCCCAUGACGCGUCUGCCACUCCAACUACUUUACCUUCAACAUCAAUAUCAUCAUCUCCACGUAAUAUUGCUCCUACUAUUGCAGAAGCACCAACGAACACAGCAUCCAACUUAUCCAAAAAUCCUCUCUUUACUGUAGCCCCUACUUCUAACGCUGAAUCAUCUUCCCAACAGCAACCCUCCGAGGAGAAUAAAAUUGGUCCUCGACAAAUGGUUUGUGUUAAUCCUCGUGAUGCAUUGGCUCCUUUCCGUAAUCGACAACUUGACCAAAGUCGUUUCACUCCUCCAGAGUUGAAGUACCAUUUACAAUGCUUGGAUUGUGCCUUCAGACGCAUGCCUCAACCUACGGAUCUGUCUAAGGCGAGGAUGCUUAUAACCAAACGACCAGCCGUAAUUCCGAGCUAUUAUCCUUCGGAACCAUUAAGAAAUGGGGAUUCGGAACAGUAUUUCUCUAGUCUCGAUGCCUCUACUCUCUUUUUCAUAUUCUAUUACUUUGAUGGCACUAAAGCUCAAUAUCAUGCUGCUAAAGCCUUAAAGAAAAUGUCAUGGAGGUUCCAUACCAAAUAUUUGUUUUGGUUCCAGCGCAACGAAGAACCCAAACAAAUCACGGAUGAAUAUGAGUCUGGGGCGUAUCUAUACUUUGAUUACCCAAUCAUGAGGCAGUUAAAGAAUGAUGAAUUCAUAUUUGAGUACAAAUACUUGGAGGAUAAUGAGUUGUAA